CCCCCGACAAUGGGAGCGGAGAUUGUCUUUAAUAUACUGGCCCUGGUAUCUAACCUUGGAUUAGAUGCGGUUUGGGGUAUCGAAAUAUCAAAACCCGCUUAUAUGGGUAUCCAAUGGCUAAAUGACUACAUUGUAUUUUCGGAGCGAAAGACGUGGUUGGAGGCCAAAGACGUUUGCAUAUCUUUGGAGGGCUCGCUACAGUAUAAUAAAUGGAACAGCGUCAACUGGUAUAUCAAGACGAAGGCCGAAAAAUAUGGCUGGUCAACCUCUGAUGAUGUUUGGUUGGGAAUGAUAAAACACAACAAUAGUGAGAAAUGGUAUGAAGUUCGAAGAACCACGUGUCCCUCAAAAUCUUUCACACUCUCCGGACAAAAUUACUCUGAAAGACAGUGUGCUGUCCUGAACAUGUCCGUGAACUCCCACGCUGAUACAAACAACAUAGUAUAUGCUGUUCCUUGUGAUGCACGAAAAUUGGGAUUUGCAUGCCUCGUGUCAAAGGGAGAAAUACCAAAGGAUGUGGAGUUUUAUCCUAUGUCGGAAGUGGCAGAGAAAGGAUCUACAAGAAAGCACUGGAAUGUGUCAUCGGAGGAGGAAUGUGCCAUCAAUUCGUUUUCUACCUUUCACUGUUAUGCUGCCACUUAUUUUCCGGAAGAUGAAUAUUGUGUUGCUGAGUGUGCACAGAUGACCAGUAUUCCGGAAACCGUUAUCCUGGUCAAUUCUACGGUUAACUCAACAGUUCUCCUUCGCACCCAUAAUAAAGUAUCUAUAAACAACACUUCGACAACUUCAUCGACCAGCACAGUCCAGUAUCCUUGUGUAUUCGAACAGUCUACAACAACAAAACCAUAUACCAUCUCCUCAGAUGACCCGAACACCUCUUCACAAACGGAAGUGGGCACCUUUGCAUCAUCGAAUUCUGUAGAUACAGUUGACAUCUCAGCUCAAACCGACGCCACUACAUCUACAGAACUUCCUAAGACUACCAAAGUUACUCAAAUGUUUCACUACACAACAGAGGCAACGUCACUAUGCUCCUGUGUCUGUCCAACGAAUUCAAAUAACAUCACAGAGGCAGAGUUAGAACAGAAGCUUAUGGAGAUCAAGAAAACAUUGACUGUAAACAAAACGUCCCUAUCGUCAACAGUGCGGAAGAAAACGUCGGCGCCGGACGGGAGAAUAUCUUCGGCUAGCAUGGGAGCACUGGGAAUCUGUGUGAUUCUUGCUAUCUCCAUCUCUGUUGUAGCUAGCGAUAUGGGUUAUCUAAUUUCAUUUAUUAAAUCUUUAAAAUAGAUCAUUUUUUCUAAAUUCAAAUAUUAAUUACACCCCCCACCAAGCCCAUUUCAUUGCGUAAUGUUGAAUCUGGUGGUAACAGAGAUGGGAGAAAACAAAAUGUUUUUAUUGUGUAUUCCACUCAUCGAAACCAUCUCAUUUAUGUCCUGUUUCUGAAUACUAAUCUUGAAAACGAUGAUUUAUUUCAAGUAGUAUUUGCUUAUUGUCAACCAACAAUAGAUAUGAAAUAAUCUACAAAUGAAAACGCAUUCAUCUAAGAGGAUAUGCAAGCUGAAAAUUCCUGGAAACGUGGGUGGGUGCUUGUAUUGUACAGUGACAAAUUAUGUUUGGUAGGGUAAAAAUUUGUUGAAUAGAUCAUAUUUGUGAAUGCAAGCAACGAUGGUAAACUUGUGAUUAAUAAUUGUCAAUAAUUCUAAGCUUCACUAUGUUCAUCGCAUAGUUAUAUAGUAGUAUAUUCAUCACAGUUCGUUAUCUUCACAUUUUCAUACCACGCCAUAGCAAUCUAUUCCUUAUAAAAUUCAUAUGAUGUUGGCAAAUAAAAUCUUCCACACAAAUAAAUCAGAAUCCAAUUCAUGAUUUGGAAUUGAGUUUAGGAUGGCACCAUAAUGCAAUUUAUCCAGAUAAAGUUGUUGGACUGGGAGGUAGUACAGAAAUUAUUAUCAGAGCACAUGGAAGCCUUAAAGAAACCUCUGAAAACUUUAUGGGGAAACCUUGGAGAGUUUUGGGGGAAUUUUGAGAUUUCUCUGUUUUGGGGGACACUUAUGAGACCUUUCAGGGAAAUCUCUGGGACCUUUUGGAAAACAUUUAGGAAAACCUCAGCAACUGUUUUGGUAAACCUCUGAGAAAGUUUUCAGGAAACCCUGAGAACGUUUUAUUGAAAACUUUGAUAACUUUUUGGGAACCCCAGAGAAUAGUUUUUGUAAACCUUAGUAGCAUUUGUUUUCCAUAGAAUCUUUGGUAUCCAGAAUGAAUGGAACUCGUUAGAUCAUCCUUGUAUUUUUGUACCAUGCGCUUUGCUUUGAAUGUUAGAGUACCAUUGGUACAUAAAUGUUUAUUUUCUUUACGUACUAAGCAGUAAUUUCUAUUCCAAAAGAGUACAUGUACUCAGUUUAAACUGUUGUGAGAUCUUUUACCUCUGUAUCAGUGGAAUGUACUGUAUAAGAUACAGUGGAUGGUGUGUUGAUAGUCAGGGGAGCCAGUUCACCAGGAGUAAAUGUUCCCAAAAUAUAUACGAUGUUAUACUUAUCAGGUAUACAAGGUUGGAUCCAAAAAUUAUCAACAUACGAAAUCAUAUGAAGUUGUGAGUUUUCUGUUCGCAUGUUGCUUCAAUGAAUGUUUAAAAGUAAAUGCUAGUUUGGACACAAGUAUAGUGAAAAAUUACACUUUGGAUAUUUAUAUCAAAUAUUGAGAUGCUGAUGCAAGAAUACAACCACAUCAAUCGUGCGCAGAAAACACGCACUGUAAGGAUUGGAUCUGUAGCUUCCUUGUGUGUAUCAGUGCUACACAUCUGUAGCUACUUUUUAAAGUCUCCCUGUCAGUUUUGAAGUAAAUUAUUAUUAUUGUUCUUGUACAUUUAUAUAGCGCUUUUUCUAAUUAAAACAAUUACCAUAAAGUGCUUGAUAUGUAAAACAAUAAAACCGAACUGAAACAAAGAACAAGAAAGAGGAAUUUUAAAAAAAAAUGCUAAAGGUGGGGUGUUUUUAUACCUGUAUACAUGUACAUAAAUACCGAAU